AAAAGUGUAACUUCUAUGACUUUUGAACCUGACGGCCAUUUGGAUGAUGAUGAGAAUAGUCAGGAACAUGAACAAAGCGACGCUUUUGAUGAGUACGAGAUACAGGUAACUGAUUCGGUGCCGACAAAUGAACCACAAACAAUGGAAGUGGAGCAGUCGGGAGAGUUUUUGGCAGAGCCAAAUGAUACACCUGUUUCCUCCGAUACAAAUGAUUUUCGAGAGAAAAUAAAGCGACGCUUGCAAAAAGCGCUUUUAGGCAAAAAGAAAUGAAACAACAACGUCGAAUUGUAAUGCAACAUGUACGUAACUGUGGUCCGCAAAUGUUUAUUUACAGUCGUAAGGGCGGCACUCUGCUAGCUAUAAAUGAUUUUAUCUAUCGCUCAAACUUAAAGCGAUUUGGAAGAAAUAGCGACAAAGUAUACUGGGAAUGUAUUCACAAUCGUUCCAAAAAGUGUCGGAGUCGUUUAAAAACUAUUGGCGACGAUCUUUACGUUACAAAUGAUGUGCACAAUCAUAUGGACGAUGGUCAACGCAUUGCUGUGGCAAGGCGCGCAGGUUUUUUAAUUUAUAAGAAAUUUAGUUCAAUAGGUCAAAACGUGGGAAAAUUACAAUGUAAUACGAUCUCUUAGAAGUGUUAAAUGCGUUUAAAAUGUUAAUAGAAAAUAAAUUUAGUUUAUUUAUUGGCUAUAUACUUUUGCGUUACAUAUUUAUGUGUACGCAUAUAUAUGUAGGUAUAUACGCCAUUAACACUUCAAAUAUCAUACUUACAUAGAGGUUUGAGAUUCAUAGCAGUUAAUUGUGACAAUCGAUUUUGUAAUAUACCAAAUAUUAUUUUUUCUUACAACGAAGUAAAAUGUUUGAAUGAUAAAAUAUAUGAUUUACAAAUAACUUUUGCUGUAUAUAUACAUAUGAUAAAAAGUGCACAUACAUGUAUAUUAUUAAGUUCGGAACGAUAAACACUAAAUAAGUUUUUCGUAAACUUAAGCUGUUGUGUGAUUGUCUUUGUGAAAUACCUGUGCAUGCACACAUUUACAUCCUUAAAAAUUAUGUAGAUGUGUUAUAAAAUUUGUAUCUUUAUUUGUUUAAUAAUAAUGAUAUUUCCAAUUUUUCUUA